GUUAUCAAUCAAGAGUAUCCUAUACAAUCUCUCCAUCCCAUACCUCCUCAUAUACCAUACACUUCUCUCUCUCUACGAUCAAACUACGAACGGCCCUCAUCGCCACAUUUCUCUAAGAUCUCCAACCGAGUUUACACCACCCCUUCGCACGUCCUUUAGCUCCAACCCGGAAUUCACCUCCUUAGAAUCUUGGAAAUCUAAGAACCGAAGAAUCUCAGAAUUCAAGAACCGAAGAUAACAUACUAUAACCCAAUCGUUCAUUUGAAAACAAUAAACUCGAUCCUUGUUUCCUUACAUUUUUCGAUAAAAGAGGAUAGAUAAUCAGUGAUAUUUCCUCUAGCGUCUCGUUGAAGUCAGACCAUAUUUUCAUCGAAGAUAGACUCUUGCAGGCUAUAUAAAGUCAAGCAAUAUCUUACGAGGACUUCAAAAGGAAUCAAAAUGUCUACCAACGCUAAACGACGAUUGAUAAGAGACUUUAAACGUCUUGCUUCGGAUCCACCGGUAGGUAUUAGCGGUAGUCCUAAUCCGGAUAAUAUAAUGAUUUGGAAUGCUGUCAUUUUUGGACCUGCCGAUACACCAUUCGAAGAUGGUUCUUUCCGUUUAACUCUCACUUUCACAGACGCUUAUCCUAAUAAACCACCAACAGUACGAUUCAUAAGUAAAAUGUUUCAUCCUAACAUAUACGCAAAUGGUGAAUUAUGUUUGGACAUUUUACAAAAUCGUUGGAGUCCGACAUAUGAUGUAGGAGCGAUUUUGACAAGUGUACAAAGUUUGUUGAAUGAUCCUAAUGCUGCCAGUCCUGCGAAUGUUGAAGCUGCUCAAUUGUUCAAAGAGAAUACGAAAGAGUAUGAGAGACGUGUCAAAAUUACCGUUGAACAAAGUUGGGUGGACAAUCCUGAAGAAUUAGAAGCAGAAGUUGAAGCUUCCGCCAACGUAUCUGCCGGUAGUUCAACAAGUCCGAUUCCUCCACCCACAUCUACUGCUCCUUGAUCACCUCAUCCUCUCAGAGUUUCCGUUCUCUUAACUUUGUUUUCCUCUCUGAGUUCGAUUUCACGCAUAACUAUCUCGACAAAACGUCCUUCCGUUCCUACCCGACGUCAGGUAUCGUUAAAUGAAGAAAACUUUGAGGUUCACACAGGACAUUGGAAAGUGUCAUAAGAUGCAGGGGACGUGAUUUCAGCGGUUUAGUGGUGUAGUGGUGUAAUGGAGAAAUGUGACGUGGUGAAGAAGUUGGAGAAAACAUCAUUUGUCAGAUCCGUAAUACCAUUUUUUUGUCAUCUCAAUCGAGCAUGUAGCCUGUUUUCAGGUAUUACCAAAAAAGAACGGAAAAUGCAUGCACGUGUCAUUG